GACGUGUAAACUAAUUUCCCACUUAUUCCCACCCUCCAACCCAUUGCCUCUAUUCCACACACUUCGUACCAUUUCGAACACGCUCCACCUUCUCCAAUUUCUCUCUUAUUUCUUAAUCACAAACCCAAGUUAAGAUUACAACACAUCAAAGGAAACAAAUCUUCACCUCUUUUUAUCUCCCACUGCAUGAAACAAGACAAGAACCCUCCUUUCAUGGCUCACCAAUCUGAAGCAGACCAGAUAAUUCCUUCUCAGCCAUUGGAACCUAACAUGGAGCAGCAACAAGAAAAAGAAGAAGAAGAAGAACACAAUAACAUUGAUGCUAGAGAGAAAUAUAAAGAUAGUUCAAAAGUAACAUCACAAGACCCUUGUGCUUCGAAGGAAAUAGGAGUAGCAGCAUUGGAGGGAGAGGAUAGUGGGCGUGAGAAGCUGAAGAGGCAUAGAAUAGAGGUAGCUAAAAGGGUUUGGAUUCCAGAGAUAUGGGAACAAGAGGAGCUCUUAAUGGAUUGGAUAGAUUGCACUGCAUUUGAUGCUUCUUUGGUUCCAAGCACAAUCACAACCGCACGUGCUGCUUUGGUUGAACAAGAUCGAAGAAGAACAACCAAUGCUACUGCUGCUUCUGCUGGACUAAGAAUAGAGAACAGCUCACUUCAUCAAAGGAGAUUUGGUAUGUUUGCUUUUGGGAGGGAAGGCUAGAGUAGAAUGGUGGCGUUCAGAGAAGACGGUUUAAGUGAGGAAAUAGUAAUGAUGACGAAAGUAAUUCAGGAUUUUUGAGUAAUUUUUUUAUAUUUGAAUAUUUUUGUAGAACAAAAUUUAUUUUUAUGGGUAUAAAAUUAGUUUUAUUUUUUUUGGGUAGUUUUUUUUUUUGUG